AUGAAGGGAAUUCAUCCCUCAAUUACCUCUCAUAGGCUUAACGUCUUGCCAACAGCAAAACCCAUCCAGCAGAGGGUUAGACGUUUUCACCCGAACAGACAAAAAAUUAUCCGAAAUGAGAUUGACAAAUUGCUAGAAGCUGGAUUCAUCAGAGAAGUGGAUUACCCGGACUGGUUGGCAAAUGUAGUGGUAGUACCCAAAAAAGAAGGCAAAUGGCGGGUGUGCGUCGAUUACACCAACCUCAAUAAUGCAUGCCCAAAAGACAGUUUUCCUUUGCCACGGAUAGAUCAAAUUAUGGAUUCCACUACUGGGCAAGGGAUGCUCUUAUUCUUGGACGCCUUCUCCGGAUACCACCAAAUCCCCAUGUCCUCGGUUGACGAAGAAAAAACAGCCUUCAUAACGCCACACGGUCUUUAUUGCUACAAAGUCAUGCCAUUCGGACUCAAAAACGCUGGCGCCACUUAUCAGAGACUGAUGACGAAAAUCUUCAAACCUCUGGUCGGCCGCACAGUAGAGGUAUAUAUUGACGACAUCGUGGUUAAAAGCAAAACCCGAGAAGAACAUGUCCUCCACUUGCAAGAAGUCUUCCAACUCUUAAGGAAGUAUGACAUGAAGCUGAAUCCUUCCAAAUGCGCCUUUGGCGUAAGUGCUGGCAAAUUCCUGGGAUUUAUGGUCAGCCAAAGGGGGAUAGAGGUUAGCCCAGAUCAAGUCAAGGUAGUCAUGGAAACACCAUCCCCAAGGAGCAAAAAGGAAUUACAGCGCCUCACAGGCAAACUCGUCGUGCUAGGACGUUUUAUAGCCCGAUUCACUGAUGAACUGCGACCCUUCUUCUUGGCAAUACGAAAAGCUGGAGCAAACGGAUGGACGGACAGCUGUCAAAGCGCUCUUGAAAAAAUUAAACACUACCUCAUGCAACCGCCCAUCCUGAGCAGUCCCCUCCCUAAAGAAAAACUGUAUAUGUAUCUGGCUGUAUCAGAGUGGGCAAUUAGCGUUGUUCUAUUCCGUUGCCCAUCGCCCAAGGAGCAGAAACCUAUCUACUACGUCAGCAGAACAUUGGCAGACGUAGAAACCAGGUAUUCAAAGAUGGAGCUAACGACCUUAACUCUUCGAAGUACCGCCCAGAAGCUUUGCCCUUACUUCCAAGCCCACCUGGUGGUCAUGCUAACUAACCAACCCCUUCGCAACAUUCUGCACAAGCCGGACCUAACCGGAAGAAUGCUUCAAUGGGCCAUAGAGUUAAGUGAAUAUGGAAUCGAGUUCCAACCCAGGUUAUCCAUGAAAGGCCAAGUUAUGGCUGACUUCGUGCUGGAAUACUCCCGAAGGCCUAUCCAGCACAAGGAAUCAAGUGAAAAAGAGUGGUGGACUUUGCGGGUCGAUGGAGUCUCACGAUCAUCAGGAUCCGAAAUAGGGCUCCUACUGCAAUCACCAACAGGAGAACAUCUGGAGCAAGCCAUCCGGCUGGGGUUCACCGCCUCUAACAAUGAAGCGGAAUAUGAGGUCAUCCUAUCCGGAUUAGACCUCGCCCUGGCUCUAUCCGUCUCCAAGCUCCGGGUCUAUAGUGACUCCCAACUCAUGGUAAGGCACGUUAAGAAGGAAUACGAAGCUAAGGACACGCGCAUGGCGCGAUAUCUGGCUAAAGUAAGAGACACCUUACAGCGGUUCACCGAAUGGACGAUCGAAAAAAUAAAACGAACUGAAAAUGGGCGCGCCGACGCCUUGGCAAGCAUAACUGCCUCCCUCCCCAUCAAAGAAGCCAUAUUGUUGCCUAUACAUGUGCAAGCCAACCCUUUCGUCGCGGAAGCUUCCACUUGCAAUACCAUUGAGGCAAACCAAGUAGACAGCCAAGAGUGGACAAAAGACAUUAUAAGGUACCUCCGGACAGGCACUUUGCCUGAAGAACCCAAGCAGGCACACAAGAUCCUGGUGCAAGCCGCCCGUUUCACCCUGAUUGGGGGGCACUUGUACAAGCGAUCCUUCACAGGUCCCUAUCUCCGGUGCCUAAACCACUCAGAGGCCCUGUAUGUAUUAGCUGAAUUGCACGAGGGAGUAUGUGGAAAUCAUUCUGGAGGUCGAUCUCUAGCACACAGGGCCCAUUCGCAAGGAUAUUACUGGCCCAUGAUGAAGAAGGAUGCGGCAGCCUAUGUCAAAAAAUGUGACAAAUGCCAAAGGCAUGCCCCCAUACCACAUGUGUCGUUGGAGACAUUGAAGCCAAUUUCAGGCCCUUGGCCCUUCGUGAAGUGGGGCAUGGACAUAGUAGGACCCCUACCAGCCACACCCGCUCAAAAGAAAUUCCUGCUCGUCGCCACAGAUUACUUCAGUAAAUGGGUGGAAGCUGAAGCAUAUGCUAGCAUCAAAGACAAAGAUGUCACCAAGUUCGUGUGGAAGAACAUCAUCUGCCGCUUCGGAAUCCCCCAAACCAUUAUAGCCGACAACGGUCCACAGUUUGAUAGCAUCGCUUUCCGGAAUUUCUGUUCGGAACUAAACAUCCGAAAUUCAUACUCCACACCGCGUUAUCCUCAAAGUAAUGGGCAAGCAGAGGCCACAAACAAGACUCUAAUCACUGCCUUAAAGAAGAGGCUCGAGCAAGCCAAAGGAAAAUGGGUGGAGGAGCUACCCGGCGUCCUAUGGGCUUAUCGAACCACACCCGGACGUCUGACAGGAAACACUCCCUUCGCCCUCGCAUACGGUAUGGACGCAAUCAUUCCUACUGAAAUAGGGCUACCCACUAUCCGGACCGAGGCAGGAAGGCAGGAUGAUGCAAAUGCGGAGUUAGGAAGAAACUUGGACUGGGCAGACGAAGUAAGAGAAACUGCAUCCAUCUGGAUGGCAGACUAUCAACAAAGGGCAUCCGCUCACUACAAUCGCAAGGUAAGGCCCAGAAAUUUCAAAAGUGGUACACUGGUCCUUAGAAAGGUUUUCGAAAAUACUGCUGAGAUAGGAGCAGGAAAGUUUCAAGCCAACUGGGAAGGCCCCUAUAUAGUAUCUAAGACAAGUGAAAGUGGAGCUUAUCAUCUACAAAAGCUAGACGGAACCCCAUUACUUAGACCAUGGAAUGUGUCCAAUUUAAAGCAGUAUUACCAAUGA